UAGAUGUUAGUAAACAAUUGUGUUUCCACUAACCAUGGCAGAAUCAAUGGGUGAAAUCGCCAAUAUUUGCCGGUUUUGUUUGUCUCAACAUGAAUUAAUACCUAUUUCGAAGCCUACCGCUUCACUUUUCACCAUCCAAGAUGUGGAACACUUCACUGGCAUUCAGAUCAACGAUGUGGAACAGCUAUCGUUCGUGAUGUGUGAAAGCUGCUGCAAAAUAUUGGAAAACUCAGUUGCUUUCCGCAGUGCCUGUAUCAAAAAUGAUAUUAUAUUCAAACAGCUCUUUUCAAUACUCGUCGAGAGUGUGGUAGACGAUGUACCGGAAUCCAUCAUGGAUAUGAAAGAUCAGUCUAUAUCAUUUGAAAGCGAUGAUCAAAUCGAUACAGAAAAAUCCAUCAUUGAUGACUGUUCAUCAAGUGCGAAUGAUAACGAAGACACUGAACGAACAAUGCAGAAGAACAUAUCGUAUAAUAACAGGGCAAAUUCACAAGAUCCAAAUACAACAAUGGUUGCAAUGUGCAGUAGCAAAAACAGGAAGACGGUGAAGAGAACCCGGCCUAAAAUACUUUGUCCCAUAUGUGGAAAAUUAGUUAUAGACAUAGUUAACCACGAUAAUGCACGACAUUCGAAAAAGGUGUAUUAUGAUUGCCCACAUUGUUCUGUAAAAAUGAUAAAUCGCUCGAAUUUGCUAAGACACGUAGCCACAGUGCACGACAAGAAGAUUAUUAAAACCUGCGAAACUUGUGGGGAAGGAUUCGUUCACCAUAAUACGUACAAGGCUCAUAUCAUGGCACAACAUGGAAUUGGUAAAACAUACGAAUGUAAGAUAUGCAUGAUAACAUUCAACCAGUUUGCCAACCAUAAUAGGCAUAUGAAUAAAUGGCACAGACCAGCAAAAGAAUACACAUGCAAUAUAUGCAAGAAGAUAUUGCCAUCAAGCAAGUCUCUGAAAAACCAUCAACGUGUGCAUUCAGACGAGCAACCUUUCGCAUGCAGAUCCUGUCCAAAGCGAUUUAAAAGUUCUUGUGCGAGAAGAACUCACGAAAUAGUUCAUACAGGAAUAAGAUUUUCCUGUGAAUUAUGUAAACGAUCCUAUCGAUACAAAAGUCUAUUAGCCAUGCACUACAGAAAAGAUCAUGACGAUGAGCUACCAUCAGAACAAAACAAUCAUACUGAAAAUAUGUAAAAUUCUGCUAAUAUGGAUGAAAUAAAAAUCAUCAAACGUAUAACCUCAUCAGCUACAGAAGGUACAGCACAAUGAAAACCUGGUUCUUAAGAAGCAUUAAAUAAUUUUCAUUCAAACUUUUCGACGUGAAAUAAUUAUGUAUGUUGAAACCACAAU